AUGAACCCGAAAGCCGUUGGCUGGGAAAGUGCUUACGCUCAAGCUAGAGAUUUCGUAUCUCAACUUACACUCUUGGAGAAAAUCAAUCUCACAACUGGCGUUGGUUGGGAAAAUGGUCCAUGUGUUGGCAAUACUGGCUCCGUUCCUCGAUUGGGUUUCAAGGGUAUCUGCAAUCAGGACUCCCCACAAGGCGUCCGAUAUGCCGAUUACGUUUCUGCCUUUACCUCUGGCCAGCUGGCCGCUGCUACCUGGGACCGCGGGCUGCUGUACGCGAGAGGCGUUGCAAUGGCCGAAGAGCACAAGGGCAAGGGCGCGACAGUGCAGCUGGGCCCUGUCGCCGGACCGCUGGGAAGAGUUCCCGAAGGUGGCCGCAACUGGGAGGGCUUCGCCGCGGAUCCCAUGCUAACGGGGGUGGCAAUGGCCGAGACCAUCAAGGGUAUGCAGGAUACUGGCAUCAUUGCGUCGGCCAAACACUUCAUUGGCAAUGAGCAGGAGAGAUUCCGUCAAGUCGGUGAGGCUGCUCAGUAUGGAUACAACAUCUCUGAUACACUGUCCGCCAACAUUAAUGACCGGACCCUUCACGAAAUGUAUCUUUGGCCUUUUGCAGACGCCGUGAGGGCCGGGGUUGGAUCUAUACUCUAUUCUUACACACAAAUCAACAACUCAUACGGCUAUCAGAACAGCAAGACUCUAAACAAUAUCUUAAAGGGAGAGCUAGGGUUUCAAGGUUUUGUCGUCAGCGAUUGGGGCGGCCACCAAUCCGGAGUGUCUUCAGCUCUGGCUGGGAUGGACAUGUCUAUGCCUGGAGAUACAGCUUUUGACACUAGUUACACAUUCUUCGGCACCAAUCUCACGGUUGCCAUACUGAAUGGAACUAUGCCGAGCUGGAGACUAGACGACAUGGCGAUGAGAAUCAUGGCGGCCUAUUUCAAAAUUGGUAACACGAUCGAAGAUCAACCAGAUGUCAAUUUCAACUCGUGGACCACACAGACAAAUGGAUUCAAGUACGCGUUUGGCAAGGAAGACUGGGAACAGGUCAAUUGGCAUGUCGAUGUGCGCAGCAACCAUUCUGAGCUCAUUCGCACAGUAGCCGCAGCAGGCACGGUACUCUUGAAGAACGACGGAGCCCUGCCCCUCGAGAAACCGAAGUUUAUCGCCGUCUUUGGAAAAAACGCCGGUCCUAGCCCUAUUAGUCCCAAUGGAUGCCCCGAUCGGUCCUGCGACAAGGGUACUUUGGCAAUAGGCUGGGGCUCGGGCACUUCCGAGUUUCCCUACUUGAUCACACCCGACUCGGUAAUCCAGGCGCGAGUCGUGGCUAAUGGUGGUCUGUACGAAAGCAUCUUUAACAACUCGGAUCUGGAUUCUAUUCACGCUCUCGCCUCGCGCCCAGACGCAACAUACAUUAUAUUCGGCAACGCCGACUCGGGAGAAGGAUACCUCAACGUCGAUGGUAACGAGGGCGAUCGCAACAACCCAACCUUUUGGCAGAAUGCCGAUGGCGUGAUCCACAAUAUCAGCGCCACUUGCAACAACACAAUCGUUGUGAUUCAUAGCGCUGGGCUCCCGGGCGAACAGUCGGGCAAUUCACUUAUCGACAUUCUCUACGGGAACGUCAAUCCCUCUGGCCGCACGCCAUUCACUUGGGCCAAGCGCCGCGAAGAUUAUAGGGCAGACGUCCUAUAUGAGCCAAAUAAUAGAGGCGGUGCACCACAGCAAGAAUUCGUCGAAGGCGUUUUCAUUGAUUAUAGGCACUUUGAUCAAAACAACAUCGAGCCAGCUUUUGAAUUCGGCUUUGGUCUCUCGUACACGACAUUCAACUACUCAGAUCUCAAAAUUACAAGGAAGAACAUAACAGCUUAUCAGCCCACCACUGGUACAACCCAGGCUGCACCGGUUCUUGGAGCAAACUACAGUACCAACCUGGAAGACUACAAGUUCCCGGAUACCUGGCAGUGGAUUCUGGCAUACUGCUAUCCCUAUGUCAAUGACACCUCAUCCCUCGAAGCAGCCUCCAUGGAUCCGUACUACAAUUCCAGUCUGGACUUUAUCCCUGAGCAUGCGCAGGACGGUUCACCACAAGCCCUCGUCGGUGCCGGCGAUGAAGUCGAGUCAGGCGGCAACAAGAUGCUCUAUGAUGUAUUUUAUGAAGUACAAGCAUCUAUCACCAACACAGGACCGCUGGCAGGGUACGAAGUGGCGCAGCUCUAUCUCUCUCUUGGAGGAGAUAAUCCGCCCAAACAGCUUCGUGGGUUCGACCGUCUCUGGGUAGAGCCAGGAGAGACUGUGAUCUUCAAUGCUUCUCUAACUCGUCGAGACCUGAGUAACUGGGACACAUUCACCCAGAACUGGGUCAUCAAUGACGCUCCAAAGACAGCGUUUGUUGGCAGCUCUAGUCGAAAGUUGUUCUUGGAAGCGGCUCUGGAGUAA